AUGACUAGGACAACCGUUUUCCUGACUCUCUCGCUGGUCUGCCUGUCUCGGAUCGUUGUGCAGGGACUGGAGGACAACGAGAAGGACGAUUUCACGAGGAAUAACGGCACCGGGCUUCUCGAAAGUCCCUCCAGGCGACCCAGGGCUCUCGUUUUCCCAGAUCCUGCUCAGCUUCUGUUGAUCUUCGGCCUGGGUACGCCACUGCAGUUGGAUCGUGAGAGCGUGAUCGUUGGACUCUUCGCGAAGAUCGUGUUCAACAUGCCAACCAAUGCUACAGACUAUACUCUUCCCGGGGUGUAUUAUUCUCGAGCCCAGAAGAGCAGGUGGAGCAUCUACAAGGCGUUGGAAAAGGUGGCUGGAUUGUAUGGAUUUGGGGGAAAGGCUUGUCUAUUGAAAGCCAUUUGCGAGGCUGCAUCUGCUCCUUUUGACGGGGCUCAUGGUCUGUUGGGACAGAUGCUGCAUGUGUUCUUCAAGCCUUCGAGCACGGAUGAGAGGUUAGACGAGUACGGGGAUCGGGAGUACCGCGCGGCCGAGCGCCUCGGCGAGCAGAUGUCGACGGAAAACUGCCACGCCCUUUAUCCGGAAUGCCGCAGAAGUGUGCUCGACGUGUUCUCCACUGUGGUCACUUUAUUACUUCAAAUAUCUGAACAAGAGGUGUGGGGUAAUACCGGUCAAAAUUCAGGGGCAGCACAAUUGUUUGGAGUACCAUAUUCUACUCUUCAAGAAAGAAAAAUUGGAAGUAAACCAAGAGAUUCAGUUAACAAUAAUAGUGAAACCACUGCUAACUAA